AGCUUCUAGCCGGCGAUUGAAGGAGGCGGCUGCUCGUCAAUGGCCUCAGCGCUUCUGGGUUCGGUUGUGACGAGGAAGGAGCUAGCGGAUUAGAGUCCUCGGAACACCAUGUCAUUAGAUUUUGGCAGUGUGGCACUGCAGACACAAAAUGAAGACGAAGAGUAUGACAAAGAAGACUAUGAAAGGGAGAAAGAGUUGCAGCAGUUACUCACCGACCUGCCGCACGAUAUGCUGGAUGAUGACCUGUCCUCCCCUGAGCUCCGCUAUUCCGACUGCAGCGAGGAUGGCACAGAGGGAGAACUACAUCGCUCUGAGCAAUUGGAGAUGAAUUGGCGUGAGCAUCAAGUGCUCCCUAAAUCUCAAAGUGUAAAUGACUAUAAUGAGAUUCGGGAUGUAUAUAUUGGAGAGAAAAGUGGCAACGGCUGGGAAGACAGUCAAAGUAAAAAUGAUGACCAGCGUCCUGGCUGCCAUCCCAAAGAAGGUGAAGAUGAAGGUGGAAGUGGUUAUAGUCCUCCAAGUAAUUAUGAACAGACAGAUUUAUAUCACCUUCCUGAAAACUUUAGGCCAUAUAUCAAUGGUCAGAAGCAGGAAUUUAAUAGUCAACCAACCAAUGUAAUUAAAUUUUCAGAUCCUCAAAGGAAUCAUUUCCAGCAAUAUGUUACAUCGCAAGGUCCCAGUUGUCAAGCUUUGGAACCAUAUAAAGUGACAUAUAAACCUUAUCAGGCUUCUGCCCAGAAUAAUGACUCACCAGCCCAGGAGAUAGCAGGAAGUGACACAUUUGAAAGCCUGCAACAACAAUUUUUAGGAGCUAAUGAAAAUUCUGCAGAAAAUAUGCAGAUUAUCCAACUUCAGGUUCUUAACAAAGCAAAAGAGAGACAACUAGACAAUUUAGUUGAAAAGUUAAAUGAAAGUGAGCAUCAAAUUAGAUAUCUGAAUCACCAGCUUCUAAUAAUCAAAGAUGAAAAGGAUGGUUUGACCCUCAGCCUCCGAGAAUCACAGAAACUCUUUCAGAAUGGAAAAGAAAGAGAGAUACAGCUUGAAGCACAAAUAAAAGUACUGGAGACCCAAAUACAAGCACUAAAAGUGAACGAAGAACAGAUGAUUAAGAAGUCCAGGACAACUGAAAUGGCUCUGGAGAGCCUGAAGCAGCAGCUGCUGGGCCUCCGUCAUUCAGAAUCACUUCAGCGUGCUAGAGAGCAGCAUGAGAGCAUUGUGAUGGGCCUCACGAAGAAGCAUGAAGAGCAAGUGUUGUCCUUACAAAGGAAAUUGGAUGCUACAGUUACUGCACUUAAGGAACAGGAAGAUAUUUGUUGUCAUUUGAAAGAUCAAGUGAAAGAACUGGAAAGGAAUCAAGAAGCAACCAAAUUAGAAAAGACUGAGAUCAUUAACAGAUUGACAAGAAGUCUAGAGGAGAGUCAGAAGCAGUGUGCCAACUUCUUGCACUCAGGCUCCGUACAGGAGGUGGCUCAGCUACGGUUCCAGCUGCAACAAGCACAAAAAGCACAUGCUAUGAGUGAAAACAUGAACAAGGCUUUGCAAGAAGAAUUAACGGAACUAAAAGAUGAAAUUUCUCUCUAUGAAUCUGCUGCAAAAUUAGGAAUACUUCCAAGUGACUCAGAAGGAGAAUUAAAUAUAGAACUCACUGAAUCAUAUGUGGAUUUGGGUAUUAAAAAAGUCAACUGGAAAAAAUCCAAAGUGAAGAGCAUUGUACAGCAAGAAGAGCCAAAGGACGAGCUUUCCAAAGAUGAGGUCAUUCUGAAGCUGAAGGGAGAAGUGCAGCGUUUGCUGGGGAGCAACUCGGUGAAGCGUCAUCUGGUCUCUCAGUUACAAAAUGAUCUCAGAGACUGUCGUAAGAAAAUGGAAGCUCUCCAACAAGCGGAGAAAGAUGAAAAAAGCAUUACGGUUGAGACUAAAAUAGAGACCUCAGAAAACCCAACUAAUCACUUGUGGCCUGGCUCUUCUACUUCUGAUACCAUUGUCAAAGAUGACAUUCUGCGACUUAAAAAUGAAAUUCACAUUUUACAACAACAAAAUCAGGAACUUAAAAAAACUGAAGAAAAACUGAGAAAUACAAAUCAAGACUUAUGUAGUCAGAUGAGACAAAUGGUACAAGAUUUUGACCGUGAUAAACAGGAGGCUGUGGAUAGGUGUGAGAGGACUUACCAACAGCACCAUGAAGCCAUGAAAGCGCAGAUACGGGAAAGCCUGUUAGCAAAGCAGGCUUUGGAGAAGCAGCAGCUCUUUGAAGUUUAUGAGGGGGCUCGCUUGCAACUUAGGUCUGACUUAGAUAAGACGAAUAAGGAGAUGGCCGCCGUGCAAGAAUGUUACCUGCAAGUGUGCAGAGAGAAGGAUGGUCUGGAGUCAGCUCUCAGGAAGACCACUGAAAAGGAGCAACAGGCUCAGGAGAAGAGACAGCUAUUGGAGGAAAGAGAAGAAUAUGUAAGCAAACCGCAGGUGGAACUUGAAGAAAAGUACCAAGAUACCCUUAUGAUGGAAAAGAACAAGUGGCUGAAAGAACAAGAAACUGAUAUUAAGCAGCAGGUUGAAAAUGAAGUGAUGUUAGCCAAAUCACACUGGGAUGAGGAACAGAAAGAGAUCAAACAAGAACUUAUUCAACAGCUUGAAAAGGAGUGGCAGUCUAAGCUGGAUCAAACUAUAAAGGCCAUGAAAAAGAAGACCUCAGAUUGUUGCAGCCAAACUGACCAAGUAGCCACCACGGAUGUUAUUUCCAAGAAAGAGAUGGCAAUUGUGAUAGAAGAACAGAAGCGGAAGAUCCGGCAAGAUUUAGAGCAAGAAAAGGAGACAGCUAUCAGUGGGGGCUUGAAGAAACUUGAGGUUGAGUUAGAACUCAAAUACUGUGAAAAUAUUGCCAGACAGGUAGAAACAGCUGUACAAAAUGCUCGUCAUCGAUGGCUGGAAGAAAUGCCUGACCUUGCAGAGUAUAAAGCACGGGUAAGAGCAGAACAGAAGAAGUGGGAAGAACAACAAGACAUCACUGUGGCCAGACGGAUAUCAUUUGCUAUAUCUGAAGCUAAAGAGAAAUGGAAAAGCGAGCUUGAAAAUAUGAAGAAAAAUGGAAUACCUGGAAAAGAAUUGGAAGAGAAGAUUUAUUCUCUUCAGAGAGAGCUUGAGUUAAAGAACGAGGAAGUCCCUGUGGUUGUCAGGGCUGAGCUGGCGAAGGCCCGGAGUGAAUGGAACAAAGAAAAGCAAGAAGAAAUCCACAGAAUUCAAGAACAAAAUGAGCAAGAUUACCGGCAAUUUUUAGAUGAUCAUCGAAAUAAAAUUAAUGAGGUGCUUGCGGCAGCUAAAGAAGACUUUGUGAAACAAAAAACUGAACUACUUCUUCAAAAGGAGACAGAAUUGCAAACAUGUCUAGACCAGAGUCGUAGAGAAUGGGCUACGCAGGAAGCCAGGCGGAUCCAACUGGAAAUCUAUCAGUAUGAGGAAGACAUCCUCACUGUACUUGAAUUUCUCUUGAAGGACACCCAAAAGGAACAUGUCAGUGGUUCAGAGAACAAGCAGCUCUUGGAACUCGUGUCAUCUUGUUCUUCAAAAUGGGUGUCUGCCCAAUAUUUUGAAAAACUAAAGGCCUGCAUACAGAAAGCCUUUCAAGACACCCUCUCCCUAGCUAUAGAAAAUGCCAACUCCGAGUGGGAAAAGAGAAAUAUGGCCAAGAUCUCUAGGGAUCCAGCCACAGAGGUCACUGGCAGAGGAGACCCUGGAGUCCUGGCAGUCCAUCCUGCACCCACUUUUGGAUGCUGUGCUCAGGCCUUGGCCUUGCAAAAAACAGAAGCAGAAGCUGAAGAGAAUACUAAAGUUGUUGAAGAAUUAAUAGAAGAAAACAAUGACAUGAAGAGUAAAUUGGAAGAACUGAGAACACUUUGUAAAACACCACCAAGGUCAUUGUCAGAAGGGGCCAUUGAAAAUGCUUGCCUCCUAUGCAAUGGGAGGGCCUUGGAAGAACUUCGUGGACAGUACAUUAAAGCUGUAAAAAAAAUUAAGCGUGAUAUGCUUCGUUAUAUUCAGGAGAGUAAGGAAAGAGCUGCGGAAAUGGUAAAAGCAGAGGUAUUGCGAGAACGUCAAGAAACCGCCCGAAAGAUGCGCAAAUAUUACUUGACUUGCCUCCAACAGAUUUUGCAGGAUAAUGGAAAACAGGAAGGGGCUGAGAAAAAGAUUAUGAAUGCUGCUAGCAAACUUGCUACAAUGGCAAAAUUGCUGGAAACGCCGAUUUCUAAUAAGUCCCAGAGCAAAACUACACAGUCAGUAGUACUACCUCUGACUUCAGAGAUGCUGACUGGAGUUGAAAAAUCAAAAAGAAAUGAUGUGAACCAGAAUACACCACGUCACACUGAAAGCAAAUCAAACAGUAUACAAACUAUCCCCAGAAGUAUGUGUGACCAAGUUCCUAAGAGAAGGGCUGCUUGUAACUUACGAAGACGGUUAGAGGACGCAGAGCAUGGGGACACAAAGCACAUGGGUUCCAAAGGGUCACACUCAGGCUUCCAGCUUGGGGAUAACAAUUAUAAACACCCAGACCUGUCGCCAAAAAAUGUUUCACCUGAGUUUGUGCCUUGUGAAGGUGAAAAAGGCUUUGGUUUGCGCAAGAAGAAAGACCUCAGUGAUAUUGGCUCUGAAUCACUUCAGCAUUCAGCCACAUACCCCUUUCUUGGAUCCUUUGGAAAUAAACCCUCACCUAGAUAUACCCCUAGUCUUUCUGAAUCUGGAUCCACACAUUUAACCUUUCGAGGUCCUAAUGAAAGACUUGGUUUAAAAGUGUAUAAGUGUAAUCCAUUAAUGGAAAGUGAAAAUGCUGCGUCUGAGAAAAGUCAAAGUUUGGGUGUUCGGGAAACUCCAGUAAAGGAUGGAGGGGACCUGGAUGACUCCAUAGGCUGGCAUUCCAACAGUGUCACUUUACCCUGCAACAGUCACGAAGUGUCAUUUUUAUACGGUAGACCACAAGAAACUCUGGAUAUACCAGCUGAAGCUGUUAAUUUCAAACAGUUUUCAGCAGCCAGUUGUCUUUCAGAUACAGAGAAAAAUAAAAUGAUUUGUCAACCAAUGAAAUGUCAGAGUGGUCACACUUCAGACCUGUUGGAAGAAAGCCUUCAGCCAGAGAUCGGUAUGACUCUUAGACACCCACCUCAUCAUAAGGCUGAUAUAUUAAAGUCAGAUUUCAAAAACCUGAGUACAGUACCAUCAUCUGUGUGUCGGCAGCCUUUGAGAAAAUUAAUUGCUCCUCUAUCUAGCCAACAAGAUAGUGGCUUUGAUAGCCCAUUUGUCAAUCUAACUAACUGUUGUACAGUAUUUAAGAAAAAUCAUUAAUAUAUGGACAAGAAAGCUGGAAGAGGAGACUUCAUAUUGAAAAAAUUGUGGACUCUCUAUUUUGAGAUGUUUUAAUAACAUCUAUCAUAUGAGUAAAGUGUUCUCAUAAAAUUAUUUGAGAUAUUAAUGUUGCCUUAAUCUUCCAAAGGCCUGAUGGUGUAUGUGUAAUCUGCUUCUGUGUGGUGCUUUAUAUUUGGUUGCUAAACCAUCUAUUUUUAUACUUCUAAAUUAGCAUUCUGUGCAGUGUUAAAUUAUUUAAAUAAACUUGCAUAUUGCCUAUUGAAUUGUUAUGAAUUCUUUUGUAAUUCAUAAUAUAGAAAUGUUAUACUGAUAUGUUUGAAAUUCAUCCAGAAUAAGAUAUAAAUCUUGAUGAUUUGUAUGUAUGAUCAGCCAAAUUC